AUGUUGGUCAAGGAUCUGUCAGAGGACACACUCUGGCAACUUUCCAUCAUCGAAAGAACCGCCGCAAGCCUGUCUCUCAUCGGAAUUUGCUUCAUCAUCACUUCCUUCCUGUUCUGUAAGGCUUUCCACAAGUCCAUCAACCGCCUGAUAUUCUUUGCUUCUGUUGGCAAUUUCUUCACCUGUGUUGGAACUCUCAUAUCGAGGGACGCAAUCUCUGGUACCUCUGUCUCGGAUCCGGUGCUUUGCAAGACUCAGUCAUUCUUGAUCCAAAUGUUCAUGCCGGCUGAUGCUUUGUGGGCAUUCAUUCUAGCCAUAAACGUCUAUCUGACAUUCUAUUGGCGUUACAGAGCCAAGCACCUGAAGAGUCUUGAGAAGUGGUAUUGUGUCUUUUGCUACGGCAUUACCUUCCUCUUGGCCUUCAUUCUACUCUGGGUCGAGACAGAGGAAAAGGGACCAAUGUACGGCAACGCCACAUUGUGGUGCUGGAUCGCCCCUAACUGGGACCAUUAUCGAAUGUACCUUUUCUACGGUCCAAUCUGGAUUAUCUGUAUUGCAACUAUUGCAAUUUACGCUCGGCUCUUGGUUACUCUCUUGAGCAACUAUUCCAUUCUUAAUGGUUUCAGUAGACGACCAGCCCAAAGACCAACUGUUCCAUCCAACAACGCUCCCAUCACCGGUAUUCGAACCACAGACAUCUCCUUUCAAACAGAACCAGCGGUCGUACAACCAGCGAUGCCGCUGAAUGAGAUGCCAGAUAGGAAUCUAAACCGAUACCCCCGACCAUCAGCCCCCGCUCGUACCUACAACUGUCAAAUAACUGGCGGCUCGAUUGCAGUCCCACCCUACCCUGGUGAUCAAAAAGAUGGAGCAAGCAUUGCUGCUUCUGAGAUCCCCUCGCGUCUCAACUCUACGGCUGGCACAACAGACGGUGGCAUCUCACCAAGUGCAAACCCUACUCUUCAAGAUCCUCCACGCAAUUCUGGUCGUGCAGACACUGCACUGCAGAUCAUGGGAACUGUCGCACUCUUCUUCUUCUUUAUCAUGUUGAUCACCUGGAUCCCCUCGUCUGCCAAUCGCCUCUACAGUGUGGUUCAUCCAAAGCAGGUCAGCGUUGCACUCGAAUACGCCGCAUCUUGCGUUCUGCCACUCCAAGGAUUCUGGAACUCAAUCAUCUACAUUCUAAUGAGCAGACACUGUUGCAGUCAAACCUGGGAGAGUAUCAAGGAUCGCCGAAAUUGGAAGUGGACUGCUCAGGACAUCAGCGACGUUCUCAAGGAUGCUUUCAUCGACCACUACAUUUUCGAUCAUCCCCGCGAUGAGGCUUGUAUGGACUACCACAGCCCAGAAUCUACUGUCAUCGGUCCAACCUCUAGACCUUACAGCCCUCACGUUUUCCAUUCAGAGGACGACUCAAUUACUCUCCUCGAAUCCCUUGAGUCAUCCCGCAUCAGCUCAAGUCGUCCAGCCACUGGCCGUCCUGACAUGAAUCGGGUUUAA